AUGGAUGAAGAAGAGGAUUUUUAUGCUCCUCGACCUCCAAUGAUACAAUCCAAGAACGCUCCUCGCAAGUGUAAACAAAGAAAAGAGAAAGUUCAGAUUGCUCAGCCCGAAAAUACUAAUAAUAAUCGAGAAUUUUUGGAAUUAAUUGAAGAGCUAAAAGCAACACCGAAAUCGGAAUAUACUAUAGAUCCUGAUAUAAUAGCAAAAGAUAUUAUAAACGACAAAAGCUUUACUUCCGAAGAUCCUCAGUUGAUUAAAGAUGUUACAGCAUAUGUUAAGUCAUAUUCCAAACAAAUUAGUAAUGAUCAGCUUAAAAAUUAUCUAACAAUGCUCGAUGGACUACUUUUAGAAGCAGAAAAGAUCCAAUUCCAAAAAGAUGAAUUACAAUUCUUAAAAUUAGAAAUAGAGUUUGCCAAAACCGACUACAAGAUAUUCAAACACUCUCAGCUUGGCAAAGAAACAGAUUUAAUGGAGAAUUUGAAAACUCAUAUUGAUUCAAUAAAAGAACAACAUGAAAACCAGCUUUCUCAGUGCGCAUCAGAAGAAUUAGAAGAUUUAAAGGGUAAACAACAAAAAGAACUCGAAGAAGCCAAGAAAUUGGCUCAGCAACAAUUAGAUGAAUUUCAUAAGUUUAUAACUGCAGAACUCACCCCAUAUAAAUCAAAAUUACAAAGCUUGAAGCAACAAUAUCAGCUUGCUCAAGAUAAAGAUGCAUUGUGGAACGUGAAACAUCCUCCACAAAUGAAAAUGGCCAAAACUUCUAAGAUUAUUAAGCCUUUAUAA